ACACGCCCCGCCCAGACCUUGUUCAUUGAAGAAGGACAGGGAAAGUCUCCAUUUCCCAUCCUCCAGACGAAACCCAACAUGACGGACAAAUUGUGCAAGCUUUUUGUUGGAGGGCUGAACGUGGAGACCACCAGCGAUGGCCUCCGUGCGUAUUUCGAGCAGUACGGCUCUCUGACGGACUGUGUCGUGGUUAUGAACCAGCAGCUCGGAAGGUCCCGCUGCUUCGGUUUCAUCACCUACUCUGCGCCCGGGGAGGCCGACGCUGCAAUGGCGGCUAAGCCACAUGUCGUCGAAGGCAACAACGUGGAGCUGAAGAGGGCCAUAGCCCGAGAGGACGCCAACAACCCGGACAUCCUCGCCAACGUCAAGAAAAUCUUCGUCGGCGGAGUGAAGGACCACAUCGAGGCGGAGAACCUGACCGAGUACUUCUCGCAAUUUGGCGCAGUGGAGAAGUCUGAGAUCAUCUCCGACAAGCAGACCGGCAGGAAGAGAGGCUUCGGCUUCGUCUAUUUCACGGACACCGACUCGGCCACCAAAGCGGCGUUGACCAAAUACCACACCAUCAACGGGAACAAGGUGGAGGUGAAGAAAGCCCUCAGCAAGCAGGAGAUCACCACCGGCGGCCGCGGAGGAAGAGGCCGGGGGAGAGGAAUGCAGAACUUCGGCGGCGGGAGAGGAGGAUAUGGAGGCGGUUAUGGCGGCGGCUACGGCGGGGGUUACGGCGGGAAUUACGGAAGUGGCUACGGCUACGGCGGCGGCUACAACAACGAUAGCGGCGGCGGCUACGGCGGCUAUGGCGGCUACAACGAGUACGACAGCCAGAUGGGGGGAGGCUACAGCAACGGGGACUUCGGGGAGGGCUACGGACAGCAGCAGUCGAGCUACGGCGCGAUGAAGGGGGGCAGCUACUCCUACCGGAGCGGGGCUCCGUACCGAGGCAGUGGGGGAGGCGGCGCCGGCAGAGGCGGCGGCUUCGGAGGUGGUUAUUAGGCCAUUGGAAAGCCGAGAUGUUCAUGGGGACAUUAGAAACGAACUUUACAUUUACAGCACCGUCACAGGUGGGGGGCUACGCGCUCUUUGUCCGGUUAAAGCGAGCCCAUCACCCACUCUGAAUGAAUGAAACCCGCCUCCUCCACUCGGAUCCCAUCUGUCCUUUUUGUUCCACUCAUUUUGGACUCUAAACAUACCGAUUGUGAAUAUAUUUUGUUGUCGUGUAUUGAAUCAUUUGUUUAAAAAAAAGUGAGAUCUGUGUAAUUCCCUUGCUUCUCAAGUCAAAAAAUUGAGUUUGUCUUGCAAAACCAGUCGGAUGUGACUCCUUUCUUUUGCAUCAUAAACUCAGGGUUUUAUGGAGCUGGUGUUGGCAGCGUGAGGCUUUUUUCGAGCCUUCUGGAUCUUAAAAUGUGUUCCUAUUGAACGUGUCACGGACUAUUUUCACCUAAAAUUACAUCUUUUGCCGUCCGUUUCAGGCUUUUUCUUUUUUAUUUUUAAGAAUAAAUACUGGUGAGUGUAUGUGUUCAUUUCAUCCCUAUGUUGUAUUCUGCUUUUAUUAUUAAAAGUUUUUAAUGACUUGAAUCUA